GAUAUAUCAUUAAGAGUAUUCGAUUGAGGGUUACACACCUAUGAUGCGUUUUGUAUCCAAGAUUUUUUUGAGUGUAAAACCCAAAGUCUUGAUUGAGGGUGAAACACCCUGGCUUUAUUUCUAGAGUGCAAUACCCAAAAUUGUUUUUAGGGUGAAAUACCCAAACUUUGUUUUGGGUACAAAACCCAAUGCUUUAAUUUCAGGGUUUAUUAUGCAAUGAUGGAUUGAACAUCUAAGAAAUUUUGAUUCAAGAGAUGCCGCCCCAAAAUUUGAUUUGUGGGUUUUAUACCCAAUCAUGGGAGACUUCAAGAGAGGAGCCUUGUUGCAGAUGCAACAUGUAUCUGACCCCUGCUAUCUUUGCAGGGAGUAGAGGCGUUGAGCCUCAUUUUUCCUCUAUAGCCUCACGACUGUCCUUCUCUACCUUAGUGGGUUUUCCCUUUUUUUUUUCCUCCCUCUCCUCCCAGUUGUCUCCUCUCUUUUAUAGAGUGAUUGCAAGAAAGAGUUUUGGGAUGGAACAAUCCUUGUUCAAAUUGGAUUCCUCCUCCUACUUGAUCAAAUUAUCUUUUUCCUUUAUUUAUCUCUUCCUUUUCUCUACGAUAAGAUCGGGAACAAUUUGAUAUACAUGUUGUUUCAAAUUUGUUUUGAAAACAAGUGUAGUGUGGGGAUCAUACCCACCCAACGUUGUGGCGCCUAUCCAAACCCACAAUUUUUUUUUUUUGGGUGUGAAUUUUUUUGGUUCAACAAUGGGUAUUCACGAAUUUACACGACAUGAUACGUUAGUUCAACACCAUAUCAACACGACACAAUAACUCGGACCUGAAUACUAAAAAUUUUGUGCGAAUUCAUGUCAUGUUAACGGAUCGUGUACAAUAUUGCCAGAUCUACCCAAUAUAAUAUCGUUUGUAUUAAAAAAAUAUAUAUAUAUUUCCUACAUUUUGUUCCUGCCAAUUUCAGUUCUAUAAAUAGAAAUUCGUUUCUCUAGUUUAACAGUCAGUUUCAGCCGGGUUCAUCAAGUUCCAAUAUUUUUAUUUCCAUUUCAUUCCAGCCUCUGUGUUCUCUCCCUCUCCUCCUCCUCCCUCUCCGUCUCUCUUUCUCUAAAAAGAAAAACGAAACACAAACACAACAACAACAAAAAUGCUCUCAUUCUCUUCCACACAAACCAAACCUUCUCCUCUCACUCCAAAUCUCUACCCAUCCUCUCACUCAAUCUCUCACUCUCUUAUGACACCUUCUUCCACUCGCAAACCCCAAAAAAACCAGACCCAUCUUAAUCUCCAACGCCUCAGAGUUCGAGCCAUCGACGCAGCUCAGCCUUUUGACUACGAGACCCGAAUCAAAACCCAUUACCAAAAAUCCAACACUCUCAAAAUCGCCAUUAUUGGGUUCGGCAAUUUCGGCCAGUUCUUGGCCAAAACUUUCGUCCAACAAGGCCACACAGUCCUCGCCCAAUCUCGCUCUGACUACUCCAAAGUUGCAGAAAACGUCGGCGUUUCAUUCUUCACAGACCCACAUGACCUCUGUGAGCAACACCCAGAAGUUGUUCUUCUCUGCACUUCAAUUUUGUCCACUGAAAAGGUAAUCAAGUCGUUCCCUUUUCAGAGGCUGAGAAGAAAUACCCUGUUUGUUGAUGUUCUUUCAGUCAAAGAAUUUCCAAGAGAUUUGUUGUUGAAGUAUUUGCCUGAUGAGUUUGAUAUUCUUUGCACACACCCAAUGUUUGGACCACAGAGUGGUAAAAACUCAUGGGUUAAUCUUCCUUUUGUGUAUGACAAGGUUAGAAUUGGAAAUAAUGGGUUUAGGUUCAAUAGGUGUGAGAAAUUUUUAGACAUUUUUGGUAGGGAAGGUUGCAGGAUGGUUGAAAUGUCAUGUGCAGAACAUGACAAGCAUGCAGCAGGGUCACAAUUUGUGACCCAUACAAUGGGGAGGGUGUUGGAGAAGUUUAAAUUGGAGUCUUCACCAAUUAAUACAAAAGGGUAUGAGACUUUGUUGAAUUUGGUGGAGAAUACAUCUGGGGACAGCUUUGAUUUGUAUUAUGGGUUGUUUAUGUAUAACAAGAAUGCAAUGGAGCAGUUGGAGAGGUUGGAUAUGGCAUUUGAGGCUCUUAAGAAAGAGUUGUUUGGGCAUUUGCAUGAGGUUUGUAGGAAGCAAUUGUUUGGGACUGCAGAAGCAGUUGAAAUUCCAAGAGAAGAAGAGCCUGCCAAGUCACAUAAAUUGCUUCCAGUUGGUGCUCAAAAUGGAAGCAAUGUUGUUACUCAAAAUCGAAGCGGUGAGGCUCCUCAGAGCGGUGCUCAUGAAGGUUACGAAGAUAGUGCUCCUCUUGAUUCUGCUUCUGUGUCUCUAAGAUAAUAUGCUCUGUAUGUAAACAUGUUCUGUUUCUAGAGUAGGAGAAGUUGUGCUUACGCAUCUAUGUAUGCUCAAGUAAUUAGAAUUCCAGCUGUGCUGAAGAAAAUCUUUAUUCUUUUGUUGUUGCUAUUUUUCUUCUGUUUGUAUGAAGAAAGUAAUGAAGAUCUCAAAUUUUGAGAGAAUGUAGUUGUUCAGCAUUGCAACAUGAUUUUCAGGCAGAUAUUUGCUUUGGCAGCCCCCUAAAAUUGGUUGAUGUAUGGCUUUUGUGAAUCAUUUCUCUAUUUGAUUAUUAAUGUCAAGUUGUCAACCAUUGGCUGAAUCUGA